UAUGGGAGCAGGCUGCAAACUGUUGUUAGGUAUGUGGUUCCUAGGUCAGCGGCACGCUGGCUCAAACUAGGAAGAAGCCAGGGGCAGUUUCGGGCAACCAUGGAGAAUGUGGAGUUCAGAGGCGGCCAGGAGAGGUUUCCGGACAAAGAUCCGAGGCUGAACCCCGUUUUUUUGGAUCAGGGACACCCCCAGCAGCAGCUAUUGAUGAUGGGGGAGCAGAGAGGAGGUGAGCCGUACAAGCUGGUGGAAGUACAACUGACUGGCGGAGCUCCCUGGGGAUUCACGUUAAAGGGAGGAAGAGAACAUGGGGAACCUCUUAUCAUCACCAAGAUAGAAGAAGGCAGCAAAGCUGCAGCUGUUGACAAGUUGCUGGCUGGGGAUGAAAUUGUCAGCAUCAACGACGUGGGCCUCUCUGGGUUUAGACAAGAGGCCAUCUGCCUGGUGAAAGGUUCGCACAAGAUGCUAAAGCUUGUCGUGAAAAGAAAAAACGACCUGGCCUGCAGGCCUCACUCCUGGCAUGCGACCAAAUUCACGGAGAGCCAGCCUGAGACAGCCACGUCACGGGUCUCCUCCGCCAAUGUCUGUGCUUCAUGGCACUCUCGGUAUCAUGCAAGCUCCUCUUCUCAUGAUCUUUCAAACUCAUGGGAUCAGUCAAAUCUACAUCGUACCUCAGACCAGUUCAGCUCUGCUGGAAGCAUGGACAGCUGGGAUCACACACCCCAAACGUAUCAGUACGGACAGAUUUCCUCUGCAAAGUCCAACAGCAGCAUUGACCACCUGGGGAAUCCCAGCAAAAGGGAUUCUGCCUAUGGCUCUUUUUCAACCAGUUCUAGUACGCCAGACCACACGCUGUCCAGUGUAGAUGCCGUCUCGACAGAGAAUGUGGUAUACAAAGUGGGUCACUGGGAAACUCCAAAACAGGGGAAUAGCAAGCCUGCCUCAUUCCUAACUGAUAAUGGAAAAUUAGAGGAGAAACCUAGCUGCCUUCCAGCUCCACCACAGAAUGAAAACAACCGGAUCCCUCGACUGGACGAUCAUUCUGAUUCAAUGUAUACUGGGUCUGGAAGAUCAAGUUUUGUACCUGUGUGGUAUGUCCCAGAGAAGAAAAAAUCACCGUCCCCUCCCCCACCUCUACCUCCUCUCCGUAGUGAUAGUUUUGCUGCCACCAAAGGCCACGAGAGAGCCCACACUCCUCUGUAUUCAGAGGGUAUUCAGAGCACCCAGCACUUUGAACUCCUGCAUAGACCACAAGCCAAGAAUGACUGGAGCGCUGAAAGUGCAGAGCAACAAAAGCGAGCUGCUAAGGCAAUUGAGAGGGCCUCGGACGGGAGGCAGGUUAGCAAUCCAACGUAUAGAUCUGAUUUCAGUCUGGAUUAUGGUUUGUCUUCUGCAGGUGAUGGGGUAAACAAUAACGUGGGAAACAUCAACAGGCUGCAUUUGUCUCUGUCCAGUACUGACAUUCGGUUUGCACAGUCUGCUUAUGGGCAUCAGCGCCAGUACAGUGAUGAAAGCACUUUCUUCCACAAUGCAAAAGUCUCUGCAUCACCUAAAGAGCAGCGGCAGCUCUCCACUUAUGCUGGCAUUCAGGAAAGGCCUACUGACAAACACAGCUGUCAUCCAAACCAAACCAGGACAUUUGAGAGUACUACCACUGCUUCUUCCGACAUGAGUUCUGAGGAGAAAAUGGACAACACUGCACUAAGUCACUAUUACUGUGUGACAGUGAAGCAGCCUGCUCAGGGAAACUCAAGACCACUACAGCUCAAAGAUGAAUGUCAGACUCCAGAAAUAGGGAAUCAUGCCUCUUCUGGACCACAUGAGAAUCCUGCCAUAGCCACCAUGAGCCAAAGUCCCAAAUACUAUCUACCUCAGCAACCUAUUGAGUCUUCUCUGGACGUAUGUGAAAAGAGAGGUCAGCAUGUACUGAAUAAAGGAGAGGAUAUUAGGGGUGUUGUAAUGGAAGAUACCAGAAAAAUAAGUUAUCCUGAAAAAAGAGUGCAGAGCAAGAACUUUGAGGCGAAUCACAAUAGUUACCAUGAGCACGAAUGUGGGCGGAUAGGUGUCGUAAUCCCUAACAGUAAAAGUGCCCCAAAAGAUUUCAAGUGGACUCAAGAAGAGAGCUACAAAAUUUCUCCUCAGAAGACCCCAAUGUUGCACUCUUUAGCCCAGGAAGGGAAAAGCCAAGUUGACAUUGCCACCGAACCUGGGAUUAAUAAGCAGCUUGGAUUUGAUGCUCACCUGAGCAAAAAUGCACGAAGGAGUGACCGCUUUGCUACCACACUGAGAAAUGAGAUUCAGAUGAAGAGAGCAAAGCUGCAGAAAAGCAAAAGCACAGCCACCUUAGCAGGGUCAACUGAGACAGAAGAGUAUGCUGAGAACUGGAAGCCUGAUUCUGCAGAAAAGAUAAACUCCUCUUCAGAAAGUUCUUUUACUAAUGUGUACAAAGAUAAUUUGAAAGAGGCCCAGGCCAGAGUCUUGAAGGCCACUUCUUUCCAUCGCCGAGACUUGGAAGCCAGUUCUGCAGGUUAUCUUCCAGACCAGAAGGCAAACAGUUAUAACUCUUCCCCAUUGGCUUUUGUUUCUGAAGGUGAGUCAGGAUUCCUUGAGGCUCGGCAGUCUUCUAAACAGAGUUCAUCCGGGAGUCACGCUCAUCACGUUUCCCGCAUUGGAGGUAGAAAGAGGUUCACAGCAGAACAAAAAUUGAAAUCUUAUUCUGAGCCUGAGAAAAUAAAUGAAGUGGGUGUGUCAGAAGAUGGCUACCGCCCACACCGUCGUCCGACCAUUUCUGACAUAACCUUGAGUUCUUUUGCAGAUAGGUGGAAGUUCUUUGAAGAAACUAGUAAGCCUUCCCAGCAAAAGUCCUCACAGAGACAUGUGCCCUAUGGUCGGCCAGAAGCACAGCCUCCCACUCCUCAUAGAAAUUCUCAUGAAGGUGAGACUGAGGGGUCGUGGUGUGAAAGGAGGAUGCGGUCAGCUUCUUUUGGAGUUGAGAAUAUGCUUGGUGCUUAUGACAGAUCCAAAGAAAGUAUCCAUUACAGUGGCCACAAAGCAAAAUCUGGACAAUCUCAGAGGUUAGAGACCUUUGCAGAAUACCAAGCAUCUUGGAAAGAACAGAGGAAGCCUUUAGAGACUCGGAGUUCAGGAAGAUACCAUUCAGCUGAUAACAUCCUUGAUGCUGGCCAUGAGCAGCUUGAGAAAUCUCAGUAUAAACAUGAACGGUCCAGGUCAUCUCCUUCUACUGAUUUCUACAAACAGAAAGCAUCAGCUGAAGCAAGGAGGCAAACUGAAGAAUCAAGGGAGGAGGAAGAGUGCAUUUCCUCUACAGCAAGAUCUGAUGAAAGGAGCUGCAAUUUGAGCUUCUUUUCUAAGCUCACAGGGUCUCUCCAACCUCCUCUUAUCAGAGAGCAAACCUGCCUUCUAUCUGGGUCUCAGAGGCCAGCAGAUUCAAGGUACCAAGAAGGCCGCCCUGAAGGACCCACAGCUCAGCAGGAUUACAGUUUAGGAAGCAAAGGGAAGGCAUCUGCUAGGCCCUCACAUACAGGGCAGACCACAGUUACAUCUCAAGGAAACCGAGGUAGAUCUGGGACACUGCCCAGUGACUACAGAUAUUCACAGGAAAGUGCAAGCGAGAAAAGCAAAGAUUACAGUGUGUUGCCUCUGGCUAUUUCUGAGCUACAAAUAUCAGAUGACAGCUACUUCUUUCCACCACCAAGCAAAGGGGAGGGAAAUCUGCUGGCAGAUCCAGCGCUGCUGAAUAAGAAACAUGGCCCUGUACCUCAGCGGCCUCCUCCUCCCAAACGAGAUCAGAAAUACAGGCGACAGGACCAUUCUUCAGCAUCACUUGCUGUUUCCUCAGAGUCUUUACUGACAGUACCCAACAGGACAGUUCAGUCCCACUCUCCUAGUGCUGCCAGUGUGGUGGCCGUUAGCUCAUCUCCUUCUCAGACUCAUGCAAAGAUUUCUGGGAAAUUAAUCAGCGCCGAGCUACUAGGGCCUCCGCAAUCAGCGCCCACAGAGAAUGUUUGUCAGCACUUAGAAGAAAAAACGCGUCUCCCAUCUGAACCUGUGCUGUCUUCGGCAUAUCGCUACAGUCUAAAACCUGAAAUGGAGACAUCUAGGUCCCCUUCUCCACAGUUUGCUCCACAGAAGCUGACAGACAAACCACCUGUGGCCGUUCAGGAUGACAAUCCCACAAGAAUUGAAAGAGUGAUGGAUAACAACACAACAGUAAAGAUGGUUCCUAUCAAGAUUGUACAUUCUGAGAGUCACGCAGAGAAGGAAAGUAGGCAGAAUCUUGUGAGCACCAUAGAGCUCCCUGCUUUACCGAGUGGCUUGGAGAAAGACCAGAUUAAGACGCUGAACACUUCUGAACAGUCCUACUCGCUUUUCUGUGCUUACACAAGGCAGGGUGUGGAGUCCGAGCCUGAGAAUAAAACCAAGCUGCCAUAUUUGCCACCUGCUGAAGCACAUGGGAUCAACCCAAAGGACACUGAUAUUUCAGCCCAUGCAGUUAGUUACAUGAGAGCCAAAGAAAAGACAAUUGAAGACUGGAAGUCAGAAGAGUUAGCCAGAGAGAUAGUGGGCAAGGAUAAAUCCCUAGCAGAUAUCUUGGACCCGAAUGUCAAAAUAAAAACUACAAUGGACCUGAUGGUUGGAAUCUUCCCAAAAGAUGAACAUCUUUUAGAAGAAGCUCAACAACGCAGAAAGCUUCUUUUAAAAGUACCUUCACCAAAAAUGGCAGAGGACAAGAAAGAGGAGCAGCCUCUGCCCCUGGCCAUACCCCUGACAACCAGUUCUACUUACUACAGCACAUCCGUGCCCAAGGCAGAACUGCUGAUUAAAAUGAAGGACAUGCAGCAGCAGCAGCAACUGCAGCAGCAGCAGCAGAGCGAGGAGGAUUCCGAGGAAGAGCUCGACCAUGAUUUGUCUGAGAAGAAGCAAGAGCUUAUCGAUAGCAUAAGUCGAAAGCUCCAGGUGCUGCGAGAAGCUCGAGAGUCUCUUUUGGAAGACAUUCAAGCCAACAAUCUGCUUGGAGACGAAGUGGAGGCCAUUGUAAAAGAGGUCUGCAAACCCAAUGAGUUUGACAAGUUUCGAAUGUUUAUUGGGGACCUCGACAAAGUGGUCAACCUCCUGCUGUCGCUGUCUGGUCGGCUAGCCCGGGUAGAAAAUGCGUUGAACAAUUUGGAUGAAAAUGCCUCUACAGAAGAGCGGCGGAUCCUGGUGGAGAAGCAGAAACUGCUCACGCAACAGCACGAAGAUGCAAAGGAGCUGAAGGAAAACCUGGAUCGAAGGGAACGCAUUGUUUUUGACAUUUUGGCCAACUACCUGAGUGAUGAAAGCCUCGCGGAUUAUGAGCAUUUUGUCAAAAUGAAGUCCGCCCUCAUAAUAGAGCAGCGAGAGUUGGAGGACAAAAUCAAACUUGGAGAGGAGCAGCUCAAGUGUCUAACUGACAGCCUCCAACCCGAAAGGCCCAAAUGACACUUGCCCAAGGACACUGCCCAUGGAAACUGGGAUGAUUUGGACAGCAUGUAUCCGUAUGCAACUCCUCUGACCACUAGGUGGAGCCACUCAAAAGAAACAACAAUAAGUCCUGAUAGCAAUAAUGUUGGGGUUUUGUUUUUAGGUGGUUUUAUUUCCAUUACUAGAAACAUAUUUUAAAGCCUCUUUGGCUUUCUUUUAUCACACAGCCUUUAGACACCUCUACAAACAUUAGAUUCUGUGCUUCAGAUUCAGUAUAUUAAGUAGUCUGCUGCAGUUUUGCAUGAGUAUAUUUUUAAUAUGUAUGUGGCUUCUGUUCUCUUUAUGUCCGUAUAGACUGCAGUGGGUCCUCCAAAAAGCAACACUGAAAACAAUUGAUUUUAGGGACUUUUGGAGGGGAAAAUAUAGAUGUAUCAAACAGAUAAAACACACUCAUUCAAGUUACCUAUCUAGCAUUGUAUUCAGGUUGGUGAGUUUGCCCAUUUAGAUGUUUUUACGAAGAAAUGUUGCAUAAGAUCUGCCUUUCUGACUAUUAUGUCAAAACUGUUUGGACAAGUAGGCCUUCUAACAACUUAUAAUAAAACUACUUCCAAACAUGCUAGGCAAUUGUGUGUUUGUGUGGCAACAUGAUUUUAACAUCUUAGUGGAACAAAAAUGAUCAGGUUAGUUUUUAUCUGAAGACAUGAUGGAAAUGUCUUCAGAUGGAGAUGGAGAUCUUUUACCAGCCUUUCAAUAAUAAUGUGGCUGGGGAAAGAACGUAGCACAAGGGCAAAUAUUGCAUUCAGCUCAGCUCUGUUGCAUGAGUAAAUAACCAAGAGCCUGACUCUAACUUGCACAAGUCUGUGAAAUAAGGCAGAACUAAGUAUUGCAUUAUGCUAGGUGCCAGGGAUUCAGUGUCACACUUCAGAUUCGUAGAUGAUUCUGUAUAUCUUUGAUUUACACAAAGUUAAUUGUUUGCUUUUAUGUGUUUCGUGUCCUUGGUGCCAAGGACUGCUAUUUGUCCAGCUUUUUACGCCCCUCCACAAGAAGCAUAAUUUCCUUGCUUUACUAAAGUGCUUUGGAGUUAUUCACAGUUGCCCGCCUCUUACAUUAGUGUCUCUGUGUGUAUUUCCAUGUUCAUAUUGACAAAUAUCCCUAUAGUAAUGGGACCUUGUUUCCCAGCUCUGUGUCACAAGGAGUGAAAUAUUCACAUGGCCAUCUUUAAAAAAAAACAGCCACCUUGCUAUCUCUAAAAUGUCCCGUUAAAUUGUCUUUUACUUCGCAAGAAGGAUGUGAUAAUAAAUGCUAGCGACCUAAGCUGCACAUAAGUCGUGUUCCCUUGCAUUAAUGUACAUUUCUGAUGAAUAAAGGGAAAUCUUAUGUUUUCUGUAUAGACUCAUUUUAAGUUAUACUGAAAAAUAAUUUACUCAGCACUUAAAUAUUGAACCAUCAUGCCAUAGUACCCUUUUUGAGAAGUGAAACUAAUUUAAAAGUUACGAAAAAGAAAGAAUUUCUCCUAAGACUUAUCAUUUUAUUUGACUGUAGACAAGGGAGUUUCUCCCAUCAUCAUUCAGGUAAAUACAACAAUAAAGAUAAGAAAUAGUUGGCUGUACAAGAUCUUGGCAAUGGCAUAAUCACUUCUACAUCAUCAAGUAUUUCGCAGGGAGGCUUACAGUGUAAUCCUAUGCAUGUCCACUCAGAAGCAAUCCCUACUGAGUUCAAUGGGACUUACUCCCAGGUAGGUACAUAUAAAAAUUUAGCCUUAAAUCCUAGAUGAGGCAUUCUCCCCUAGUUGUCAGUGCUAAUUCACACACCCUCGGUUAACUCCUCCACUGCCCUACAUCAGUGUAAUUCCCUUAAAAGUCUAGUUGUACUAAGUGGUCCUAGUUUUUUCUACCAUUCACAAGACAUCUGACAAAUUCUCAUUAUCAUCAGAUGCUGCUAUGAUUCUAAGUCAUAUUAGAGAAAUGUUUCCAUUUUGUUGGAAUCCUGUUCCUGUUCCUUAAAUAUAGCCAAGCUAAAAUAAACUAUUACUUCAGUCAGCUGUAAGCUUUUACCUAUGUCUUCUUUUCCUAAAGACAAUUGUAGUGAUUCUGAUUGUGCAUGUGAACUCCGAAUACAGCUUCAAUAUGUACACAGUACCUUAAAUCAUAUCAUUCUUAUGAAGAUAGCAAUAUGGAAAUUGAUGUGUAAUUAUAUAUUAUCCUUUUCAUAAUGUGAUAUUUAAUCACCACCUUCAGUUUGCCUGCCACACCUAUCUUUCUCUGUCUCUCUUUUAAACUUGUUUCCUUGGCAGGCUCUCUGGAAUGGACCAGGAGAAGGAUUCUCCCUGCUGCUGUAUAUAAUUCUAUAAAUAGUUGCUUUGUAGGAGAGAGAAUCCGGUGCUAAUUGUCUUGCCUUUGGCCUCCAUAGGUGAAAGAUAAUGUUUUCACCUUAUGGGUCAUUGCAAUUUUUAGACCUUUUUGUAUAGUGAAAGGAAUAUCUUUCAGAAUUUUUCCCCUGUUGUCCCUUAUGAGUUUGCAACCCUGAGUCAAAAAACAGAGAUUUCUCACUUGUUGCUUAAAUACUUAUCUACUGAUAAACUAUCUUGCUUGACCAAGGGAA